UUUGUGUGUUUAAGACCCCACACCCAAUCUCUCUCUCUCUCUCUCUCUCACCAACCUAGAUAAUUCAAUUCCAAUUUGCAAUCUUUCUUUGUUUUCAAUUUUGUCCACCAUUGAAUUUGACCCCCUGCUCCUUCUACAACGCCGUGAUUCUUAGGGUUUCUUUCUUAAGUUUCUCUCUUUGCUUGAUUGCUUUCUGGAUAUUCACAAGUGUUCCACCCGUACGGAUUCUUCUCUCCUGCUUUUCAAGUCAAGCCUGCUCCCUACCUUCCUGCCUUCUUCUGCGUUUACUUGUUCUUUUCCCUUUCUUUCUUUCUUUUUUUUUCGGAGAUUUGGAUUUUGUACCUUCCUUGUUUAUCCAGGGAUUUGAAUUUUGAGGUGUCUAGCUUUCCAGCUGAUUCUGUCCAUUUUGAAGAUUUUAGAAUUGGAUAGACAAGACUAAAAGGGUAUGCUCUCUUUAAUAUCAGCUUUAAAUCCUUAUUUGUCUUGCUCUUUCGACCUGAUUUGAGCUAGUAGGCUUUUUUUGAACUUCGUUUUGGAGUUAUGGUGAUACCCUUAAACUGUGGGUAUAAUCAAAAUAAUUAGAAUCUAGCAUAUUCUAGCAUAAAUUUUGGAGUUGUGGGUAUUGUUUUGAGGCCUUUCAUGGUUUGAUUCUGUGGCUAUAUCAUAACAUUGGUAUUGGGUUUCUUGAAGUAAGCUUGGAUUGAUUUUUUUUAUAUAUAUAUAUAAAACAAUGGAUAACUCGAAAAACAGGCAGAGUGAUCAUUUGGGUGUGAACAAGAUAGGCAAGAACAUAAAGAAGAGUCCUUUGCACCAACCCAAUUUUGCUAACAAUCCCAAUCGGCAACAGCCUCAACCUCAGGUCUACAACAUAAGCAAGAAUGACUUUAGGAACAUUGUUCAGCAACUAACCGGUUCCCCAUCACAAGAACCCUUGCCUAGACCUCCCAAUAAUCCACCUAAGCCACAAAGCAUGCGGUUGCAAAAGAUUAGACCGCCUCCUUUAACACCUAUUAAUCGACCUCAUGUUCCUCCUCCAUUCCCAGCUCCAGCAGUGGCUCCACCUCCGGUUCCUUAUCAUAAUGCCUUUGUAAGGCCAGGGAUGCUGCCCCCGCCCAGCCAAUUUGGGCUACCUUCUCCAACAAUGACGCCACCAUUGACACCCGGAGACUCAGGUUGGGCAAACACAGCCGAGUCUCCAAUCUCGGCAUACAUGCGUUAUCUUCAGAAUUCAAUUAUAGACCCGGGUUCUUGGGGAAACCAAGCUCAACCUCCACGACAAUCCCAUCCACCACCACCUCAAGAUCCAGGGCAAAUUCAGCCUCAACAUCAACAGCCUUCUAGUGGUCUGCUUGCGAAUCCACAUCUGCCUCCAGUACCCACAACUGGAGCGAAUGGUCCUGUCCCAUAUAUGCCCAAUCUCCCUUCCCCUCGAAUGAAUGGUCCUCCUCUUUUACCCUCGCCAACAUCUCAAUUUUUUUUGCCCUCUCCUACUGGUUACAUGAAUUUAUUGUCUCCCAGGUCACCUUACCCUCUACUUUCUCCUGGGAUUCAGUUUCGUCCACUGACACCAAAUUUUGCAUUUUCACCAAUGGCCCAGUCAGGGGUUUUAGGUCCAGGGCCUCAACCACCACUUUCUCCAGGUUUUUUUCCAUUAUCACCUUCAGGUUUUUUCCCCUUCUCAAGUCCAAGAUGGAGGGAUCAAUAGUCCAUGAGAUAAAAUUGUUGUUUGCGGAGUUCUGUGUUUGAUAAGGAGCUGGUACAUUCUUUGUGGAGGCUCAUAUGUGAUUGGCAGGAACUUCAGUUGUGAAAAUGCUCAAGUAUACGGUUUGCGUAAGUGGUCUCUGAAAAGUUUCUCUUUGUUUUUGUUGUCAUUAUGUUUUGUUGAUAGUUGAUACUAGUUUUCCAGCUUGUGCUGAGAUUAGAAUCUGUAACUUCAAUUAUUUUCAGUUUCUUGGAUAAGUGUUACUUGGGUGAUGUAGCGAAGUUCAGACCCAAGUUGACUGGACACCUGAACAGGAGCUGUAACAUCUAAGACUGCUGUAUCAUGAAAGAAGGUAGGCUUACAGGCACCAAAAUUUAGCAUGUAGGUUUUGUAGCACAGAAUUCUUAUGUACUUGUACUUUUGUGGAUUAAACCUUAGUUGCUUUGAAGUUCGAUUCUUCUCAGAUAAGGAAUUCUAAUGCCUCAGGUUCUAUUUUUA